AAUAAAGUUGAUUUUUUUUUUUUCCCAAGUAAUGAUUUUUGUUUAAUGGUUUUUCUGAGUGUUAGAACUCAAAUUUUGACCAAAUGUGCAGUGAACAUCGUGGUAGUUGUUCUGGUGUUGUAAUGCUGUUUUACAGUGGAAAUGUACAGUAAUCCUAAUGAUGUGUAUUCGCAGGAAUCCAUUCACAUUCCUGAUCCUGUGAUCUCUAUGGCCAUAAGAGCCUCCAACAAGGUAGACUCACACGCUCGUUCUCUCACAGUGGCCCUUCAGACACAGACUAAUGCAGCGUCUUCUGUCCUCCAGAACGACACAGACAAGUUCUCCAAGGGAAUCAACCGCUUCACCAGAGAAGAUCCCACGUUUAGAGUCCACUUUGACACGGAGAGUAAAGAGACCAUCAUCUCGGGCAUGGGAGAGCUGCAUCUGGAGAUCUACUCGCAGAGGAUGGAGAGGGAAUAUAACUGUCCGUGUGUGAUGGGCAAACCCAAAGUGGCCUUCAGAGAGACGGUGACCAGCGCUGUGCCGUUUGACUUCACUCAUAAGAAGCAGUCUGGAGGCUCGGGUCAGUACGGUAAAGUCAUUGGUGUCCUGGAGCCGCUGGACCCCGAGAUUUACACAAAGCUGGAGUUCAGCGACGAGACCGUCGGCACCAACAUCCCCAAACAGUUCGUGCCCGCUGUGGAGAAGGGUUUCAGGGAAGCGUGUGAGAAGGGUCCUCUGACGGGACACAAGAUAUCUGGAGUGCGUUUCGUCCUGGUGGACGGCGCUCAUCACAUGGUGGACUCUAACGAGAUCUCCUUCAUCCGGGCUGGAGAGGGCGCUGUAAAACAGGCCAUUGAGAAGUCCAGCAUGGUGAUUCUGGAGCCGGUGAUGUCUGUGGAGAUCGUGGCCCCUAAUGAGUUCCAGGGGGGCGUUAUUGCAGGGGUCAACCGUCGUCACGGGGUCAUCACGGGACAGGACGGGGCAGAGGGCUAUUUCACUCUCUACGCUGAUAUCCCGUUGAACGACAUGUUCGGAUACUCGACCGAGCUGCGCUCCUGUACGGAGGGUAAAGGCGAGUACACCAUGGACUACAGCAGAUAUCAGCCCUGUCUGCCCUCUGUACAAGAAGAGCUCGUCAACAAACACUUGGAGGCCACGGGACAGCUGCCCGCCAAGAAGAGCAAGUGGAAAAACUGAUGCACCGCGCACAGUUCAGAUCUGUCGAGGACACCGCGGAUUUUAAAUUCUGCAGAGAUCGGCUUUGGUCAUGCACUGUAAAUGUAUUUGUACAGCGAAUGUUUGCAAAUGUAGUAAAAUCAUGAUCUGUUUAAACCUGUCCCGUGUACUAUAUUUCACGCCUAACCUGAGCAGAAAACAGCUGAAGAAAUCUGCAUUGAAGGAGAAACCUGAAGCGUAUCUACUGCAGACAGCAGGGGGUUGGCAAGCACACGGAUAACCUUAACUUUUGUUCCUAAUGCUGAGGUAACUUUCAGCGUGUGCAAGUAAUCAUCGUCAGCAGCUGACUGUGAACAUGAGCUGCUCUGGAGUCAGUUCUCCUCAGAGGUUUUCAACAGGUCUGACAGAUUCUCACAUUAUUAUAAUAGCUCAUUUUGGAAUUGUAAAGCACCGUUAUAACAUAAAGCAAUGUUCAUUAUAAGAUGGAGAGUUCCGGUGCUU